AUGUACGGAGUGUUUGAGGAGGAGACCCACGCGGUCACAAACAAGCAGGCGAGAGCAGCGCAUUCGUUAAUUAAUAGUCGCCGCGCGACGGUGUCGCAUGGAUCGGAGGACGCGGAAAGUCUCACGGAGAUCGCAGCACGACCGAACGGCGACGCGAGACGCGACGCCUCCCUCGGCGGAUUCGCUCUCGGCGUCACGCUCGGUUGGAACUCCAGCGCCGGCGAGGUCCUGCGAGACGUCCUGAACGCGAGCGGCACCGAAAUCGGCCUGGUCGGCGGCAUCCUGAACGCCGGCGCCUGCGUCGGCGUGAUACUCGCCCCUUUCCUUACCAAGUAUCUCAGCCGCAUCGCAGCCCUGCUCUUGACCACACUAGGAUUUACCGUCGGGUGGUCGUUUAUCUGCUUCGCCGACCAGAAAGUAUGCUUUCACGUGCCGCACCGUUGA